AUCUUCCUUCUGCACAGCUUUGAAACAGUCGACAUCAUUUCUCUCGCGCUGGUUGACUUGCUUCCUUUUGUUUUAGGCUUCUUAAGGCCUACGAACCACUGUGAAGCAGUUUGCAUUUGUGGGCGUCCUCAUUUUUCGUCAGUCCACUUUGCAGCUGUAGCGCGACACUCCCUCUCCAGCGCCCUUCAGCCUAUGCCGGCUUGUGCUUUGGAACUCGACACUGCUAUGGAAUAGGAUUCUGGCGGUUCAGGAGCGUCGCUGUGGAGUUGGCAACAUUUUGCUUGUCGGCAUUUUAACAUCUCGGCGAGCACCACACCUUUUUUUUUGAGGAAUCAUCCUUACACCUCACCAGCUUGGAGCAGGCGGCGUAUCAACCUUUGUGGUUGGUCAUUUGCAUCCGCGCGUGCAGCAGGGUGCUUUGGGUGUGGCAGUCGGGGGAGCCCUGCAGCACUUGGCUGUUUUUUUGGGGUGUGGCUCGUCUUUGUGCCCUUGUUGCCUGGUGCCUGGAUGCCUGGCGCACGCCCUGCUGUGAUGCCCUGUGAGUGCUGAUCCUGGGUAGCUAUGCAGUUGCUGGGUGAUCCUGGUCGGUUCCGCCUGGUGUCUCAGCGCAGCCAAGACACCAGGGGCCAACACCAGCCAUACAGCACACCCGCACACGGCGCGGCCACAGCAGCACAUGCCGUGCCGUGUGGGGGGCCUGCAUUUGGGCAUCACCGCCCACUGCCAGGCUUGGCAGCGGACAGCACCCCUGCAGGUGGGGGCAACACUGCCAGCCCGUUCUUCAGCCCCGGGCUGCAGCUCCACCUUGCCCUGUCCACGCAUAGCCUGGCGCACGGCGUGCAGGACCUGACGACGCAGCCUCAGGGCCCCAGCCUGCCUACCUACCCAGUCCUUCUGGUGGGUGCCACCACGGGGCUCCCAGAGGGCGAGCAGCUAUCCUCAGCCGGCGUCCGGGAAGUGACCAGUGCUGCCCUGUCAGUGCUGGACACCAUGUGCCGGCAGGGCAACCAGCCGCAGCUCUUGCAGGGCCACUCUCUGCACAGCACAGGCCGCCCCUCCUGCACGUUUGCGGGGCUGGCCUUCAGCCGGCGCGCGACCAGCACCAGCAAAGCAGCCUUCACAGUGGAGCUCAUGUGCAAGUCGCCGCUGGCGGUACCACUCCAGCGCGGUCAGGCUGUCCUCACGGUUCACGUGCCAGUGGACACCCGGCCCAUCAUUCCGGGCACCUACACCGUCACGGUCAAGAUGGUAGGGGGCCCUGUGUGGGGGGCUUUCCGCGGUCGCACCGAUUUGGUGCUGCAGGCGGGUGGCUAUCCCACCACCUCGGACCCCUCUAACCUGGCGUGUGCUUAUGUGGUCUCAGAGCAGUGCGCCAAAUCGGUGGGCCCCAAGGGGGAGCCCCAGGCCCCCGCAGGCCAGGGCAUCACCAACCACAUCUUUGCCUGUGUGCGGGGCCCAGUCUGGGACCCGCAGCUCUCUCACCUGCAUUGUGCCAAGUUUGAGAUGCCCGGUGAGGAGCCCAUGCAGGUGGAGGUCCGUGGCGCCCCCCAGGCGGCUGAGACGGCCACGACAGCUGCGGCAGGCAGCCCUGCUCUGGCUGCAGCCGGGGUCGCCGACCUGGGUGGCAACACCUUGGGUGUGGCGAGGCCCAUGGCUGCCAUGGCGACCGCAGCGGACAUUGUUGACCAUGUGGGGGACGUGCAGAUGCAGGAGGCGGCGGGUUUGGGUGACGCGGCGGCUGCAGCUGGUGGCGCCAGCGGGCCACACAGCGGGGCCCCGCCCCCGCUGCCAGUUCUGGUGGCGGGGGGAAGCAACCGUGCUGCUGCGGCUGCCCUGAGGGCCGAGCGACAGCAGCAGCCCUCUUCACAGCAGCGGGUGGCAGCGGGAGGGCUUAGCGGGGUCCAGCCGGCGGCAGGCGUGGGGGGGCCGCAGGCGGCCAGGCCUCGCCCUGCCGGUGCUGGGCCGGCUGGCGUGCAGCAGCAGCACAGUGGCGCUCCCGCGCCACGGCCGCCCUUGGAUCAGCGGGCAGCCACCGGGCAGGAUCAGGAGCAGACCGCUGUGAUGCAGCGGUACUUGGCCGAGCUGGCGGACCUCAAUCUCCAGCAGAAACGGCGGGUACAGCAACAGCAGCAGCAGGAGCUGCAGCGCCAGGGGCAGUCGCCCAGGACCCGGACCGGCUCCCAGGUUGUGGUCCUGGCCACGGUGCUUGUUGUUGGUGGGGACUGGAACUGUGUCACCGAUGCCAGUCAGGAGGCGGCCUCUAGCCCGUCACGUGCUGCAGGGGCCCCGCAACUGGCCAGCCUCCUCGCCCAGUUCAGUCUGGUGGACCCUUGGGCGAGCAAGUGUGGCGGCGCCAAGGGCUACACGCAUCCGGCCACGCCCAAGCCGGCCACUCCCGCACGCCUGGAUCGGUGGUAUGUCAGUGCCACCGCGGCGCCGUGGGUGGUGGAUGUCGCUCGCACGUAUGGGGCGCCUGGGGACCACAACGGUGUGCUGCUCACCCUGUCCUUGCCCGACCUGCCACAUGCGCACCGGGAGCAGUGGCGCUUGCCCACAUACCUGCUGUUUCACCCCUCGCUGCGUUUGGAGCUCGAGCAGCGCUUGGAGGCGCACGUUGCCGCAAAUCCCGUGGCCAGUACAGGUGACGGCGCUUGCACGCAAUGGGAGGCGGACAAGUUCUUCUUGCGGGAGGCCGCCACCAGCAUCCACCGUCGGCAUGCACGCCAGACCCGGGACGGGCUGCAUGGCGUGGUGCUGGCCGCAGACGCGGCCGCUGCCCUGGCCGACCGGCCGGGUGCCAGCGCCGCGCAGCAUCAGGCUGCGGCCAUGGCCAACUUGGCGGUGCGGGAGGAGCGGGCAGCUGCCGCAGCAGCCAGCCACAAUGCCCGCGCUGCACUGAUGGAGGAGCAUGGGGAGCGGGGCACUCGCUGGUUCCAUCGGCAGGCUGACGAACCAGCAGCCGGCGCGCAGGAGCCCAUCACGCACUUGAAGGUGCCGGGGCAACCGGCACCUGUGGCGCUCACGGGGCCGGGCACGCGCAACACUGUCUCUGCAGCCGCCGCAGCCAUGUACAGCAGCACCAGCCCCACCGGCCUGUUCCGCGUGCAGCCUGUCAACUCUGCCCACUCAGCUUCUCACCGCUCAGCUCAAGGCGGCUAAGCUGGAGCACUUUGUUGCCAUCUGGUCGGCGGGUGGCGCGCUUUGUGAAGUGGAGGAGGUUCAGGGUGGGUCACCGAAGUUGAACUUGCGGCUGACGCUUGCAUCACCUGUGCAGGCCCCCUAGGUUUCCUUUUGCGCGGCGGUUCUUUCCAGGCGCUGGUGUGGCGUAUUAUCGUCAUCAGCUUAUCUGG